GGAUGAUAAUUGUGAGCGCGCGGGGCUGGCUUCACAGGAGCAUCGGUCUCUUGUGCGCAAUAGCCUGUUCACGGGCGCCUUGAUGAUAUCCGAAUUCCGCGAAUGACGGCUUGCUGACCCUGGCUUCAACUCAUCAUCAAAUGAGCUUACUCUACCCUCCGUUCACAGGCACUGCCAAGGAGGCCACUGGGCUCCUCGCAGUAGAGGUACUUCACAAUCGCGACAAUACAAGAACACCAUGCCGCUCAAAGAUACUUCGCUAGUUGAAGUGCAAUGCCUGGUGCGAGAAGUUGAAUUUUGACGCUGAUGUAGGUUGCGCUGCCAGGGUGUCUACAAAGCAUCCGUCAGUGUAGGUUCGACUGCCCGAGUCGCUCACGGAAUGCAAUGUGGUGAUGAUCAACAUGAUCAUCUGUUCAAAUGGAAAACAGCCUUCUCCUUCCAUCGCCGCCACCUUCGGCUACCCAAGUCCUACCGUGAGAGUAUAUCAAUACGCUCCAGUCUCCCCCUUCACCAAGAACCCUAUGCGGCCGAAUAGCCCUGCGCACAUGCCUCGAUGGACUCAGCUUGCAGCCGUCCUCGUCCUAUCCUUCUAUUCAGCGCCAAUAACUGGUUCAACCGCGCCCACUUGUUAUGCUGGUAGCGAUACCCUUCAGUGGUACAUCGAUGCUAUCGGAGAAACCCCGUGCGCGACGUACCAGCGACUGCGGCAGAUAUGCAACAGCGAUUAUACGACUCCGACUUGGAAUAUCGACGCCACUACAGAUCAAUGUGACGAUCCACUGAGUACUUGUUGCUGCAACUCCAUCACAUGGUCUGUGCGAAUGUUGUGCAUCAACUGCGAAUGGGAUGAAUUUGGUGUAAACGACCCUGGGCACUCUGCCGUUGCGGGUGCAUAUUACAACUACCGAUGGAGUUCGGGUACUCCGAACAAUGGCAUGUACUGCGGGGAUGGGUAUAAUCAGACAUUGCCGGAAAGCCUCCAGCAAGCAGUUUGCGACAGGGGCAUCUACCUUGGUGACUUCUUAUACAGCAUAUUCUGGCCUGAUGGAUCAUGGAACUUCACGAACUUUGAAUUCCUCGCAAAGCAGGACCCGGCAUUGCAUAACAACCAGUCACUCGACUCCUGCACUUCUACUUCAAGCACUCCCAUUACUGUUACUUUGUCAGGAACGAACACUCCAAGCAUAUUGCCUCCUACGAGCGCAGUCGGGGGAAAGAGCGACACCGUUGCAGUGGUCGGUGGCUCCCUUGGAGGCGCAUUGGGGCUUGUACUUCUUGGCGCAAUCAUAGUCGUCCACUAUGUCAAGCGGCGUCGUCUUCGGCAGUCCCGUUCAGCCGUGGGGGUGGCAGACGACCGGGCACAAAGUCGUGACCGACUCGGAGCCGCAGCGAGCUGGACAAAUUUCUCUACCAACAUUGUUACCCCUUUCGUCAGUCAAUCUCCCCGCCCGCCUUCAAAUGAGCAGAUCUCUCAGCGCACGUCAACACCCAGCACACACAGUGAGACAUAUUUGGUCCCAGAUGGCUCGUAUACAUCACCGCCAACCGAUACCUCCGAGGGAGAUGAUAGCCCUACACCCACAGGAGUGCACCCACCGAACCCCAAACGGAAGGGCAAAGUCAAUCGUCCUCGCCGUAUACGACGCAACUCUGUGUUCGUCCAACCGGUGACAGAGUUACGCGAACACGACGCAGAGAUGUUGCUCUCGCGUUUGCCUCCAGAAUACCGUACUAUGUACUCGGAAUGAAGCGCAUUUGCGAGCCUUCACAUGCUUCGCUGGUGACCCGCCGGCGUCUCCUUCAAGUUGGGUAAGUAGUUCAACUGCAACCUGGCACAACCCACACGGAUCAGAUGUCCAAGCCCAACUUCUGAAAGAACCAGCGAAGGCCGCACCGUUCAAGUGAAGUAUCACGUUCGAUAGCUCUGGCUUGAAUUCAUUGGGAUUUGAGAACUUACAAUGGGCUAGUCGGUAUUGAAGGCGACCGUGUGACGCGUGACGGGACAGAACGGACGUGUGUGUUCACACUAGAUCGGGCGUGC